UAAACUUUAAUGAACACUUCUCUCAACCAUGAAUUUCUCAUUGUAUAUACCCGCCACACAACUUGUUCUUCUAUUUUAUGUUCUUUCUUUCUAUCCUUAAUUUCUUUUACAUUUCAUACUUUUGCUGCUUAUUUUCAACCGGCUUUUCUUCGUUUUCGUGAUUUUUAUUCUUUUCAGAGGUCGUACGAAACUUUUAUCGAUGAAUUAUUAGGUUUCUUUAAAAAAUAAAAGUAUAAAUAUGACAGAAUGGUAUUAUGGACAUGAUGGUCUUGUUCGUGAAGACGAAGCGUACUUUGAUAGGCUUCCAUCUCCUGAUACUUGGUUGCAAUGGGAAACAUGUGGAACAGCAGAAAACUCUGGAUGGGCUAACUCUAACAAAACUCAACAACGACCGUUGUUUACUAGAGCAGGAAACAAUUCUUACAACUCGGUUGAUUUUAGACCGUCUUCUGAGGAUUCUCAUUCUCUCGGAAAUUCUACUGCUGCUGGUCGGGCUGAUUUUGGGGCAUCUUCUGAGGAUUCUCAGCCCCUCAGAAAUUCUGCUGCUGGUGUUCGUGCUGAUUAUUAUUUCAACGAGCUGACAGGGCCUGAUUCAGAGGACGACAUAUUCUUGAGUUCCUUGCUGCAUGAUGAUGUCCUCCCGUUACAAUCUCUUUACAUUGCAGUACCAUCUGAUAGCGAUACAACAAACAAAAUGAUGGAUUUUCCGAGUAUGUCUUGUGACACUAAUGGAACGAGGCACAGCCAUGCAUUUGAACCUAGUUCCAGAAACAGCUCAGAUUAUUGUUUUGGUUCAUCAGUAAAGGUACUGGAGACUAAGGAUUUGGUUCGUUGUGAUAACAACAUCUCCGAGAUUUUAGCGUUUAAUGGCUUGUCUUCACUUGAAGAAUCCAUGUUGAAUACGCUCGAGAAUGUUUUAAACCAGUUGAAUGACAAGACUCGAAUUUGCGUUCGAGAUUCCUUAUACCGACUUGCUAAGAACUCAGCACUGCAAACGUCUAGGAAUGAUCUGGUUGAAGGCAUUGGUUUGAAUGAUCCUUCUUUGUCUGGAUCUAGCGGCGCGUCUUCAAGGUCACGAGUAAAGGAGGUUACCGAACCAAGAACAAAUGCUAUCGACAGAACUGUUGCGUAUCUGAUGUUUAGCAAAGUGGAUGCCAAUGUACAAGAAUCUCAUCUCCCUGAUUUAUCGCCUGGAUUUGUGCACAGUGACACGAACUUUACAGCAACAACAGCCUGUGAAGACUUAAGUGAGGCAGCCGUAAGAACUUCUGAUCUGUUGGUUCAGUGUGAAGUUCCCGUCUACACUCAACAAAGACAAGGUCAGUAAGAACAAUCAACGACUAAAUUAAGGAAAUAAAACGAUCAUAGCUUCUGCACGAAAUUGGCAUUCAAAACGCUGAAUUUCGGCCCAUAGUCCAGAUGGGGAUUUAUUCGGUACUGCGAACUUAAUAUGAAUGUGUAUAUUGAUCUACCGUUUAUCUUAGGUCAUUAUGCAAGUGCACAUAAGGUGCAUUUGCUGAAGUUUUGAUCAUUCCUUAAAUUGAGGGUGUUGAUUAAGUUUUUUCAUUGCCAAUAUGUGAUCUAGUUUUUGUGUACACUAUUUGGCUUCAUGAAGAGAACUGCUUAGUCUAAUGUGUGUAUAUGCAAGUAAUGACCCAUGGGCCAUGAUAUAACUUCUACAUUUUGAACUUGGUCUCUGUUUUUUUUUUUUUUUUUUUUUUUUUUUUUUUUUUUCACUUCUUAUGUGUGGUUGGGUUAAGCCAUAUUAUAUGCCCAUAUUGCUCUCUACGUAAAUUAUUGUUAAAUCAGACAGGUGAUAUUACUUUUCCUAAUGUCUCCCUAAGAUGAAAAAUCAAAAGAGCUUGGGAAAUAUCAGUCACGACUCGCAUGAGCAUUUUACGUUAUCUAAUUGUUAUGAAGGUAAUUGGUGGUGAAGUUCGAAAAUAGUUAUCGGAAAUAAUAAUUUAAUUAAAUAAUUAAUUAAAUGAAAAUAUCUUAAAUUGCAAAGUUACUAAUUUUGUGGAAAGUGUUUUUCAUGGAUUGCGAAAAGGCUUGUAGGUCGUGAGUUUUCAAAGCAAAGUUUCUGUUUUGGAAAAAAUACAAUUAGCGGGUUACGAAGUUUUUCACUGGUAGGGACUUUCGCGUUGGUUUUUGCAGUUCGUUUCAUUCGCUUUUGUUAGUUAUGCUAUAUUAUCUACGGUUAAUAUGGUUAUAUUCACUAAAAAUAUUGGGAUAGAUCGAUUUAUGAUCGACAUUGAUUUGUGAAUUGAUGCUGCAGUUUAUGAAGUGAUAUAUUACUUCAUGAAUGAUUGUAUGCUCUUCUAUAAAUAUAUAAGAAAUGUGUAAGUUAUUUCUUACAUGAAAUGCACAUUAAAAACAUGCAUUUUCGAAAUCUUCUCCUCUAGAGCACUUUACUUUGAGAACUUGCAAUCCUCGAUUGUAAAUUUUUGUUUCUUCUUCCAUUUAAGUUUUCUCAUGUCGUUCUAAUUUUCUUGUGCUAGGAAUUUAAUGAAAUUCUUUGUAUCUCAAAAUAUAUUUUCGGUAUGUAUUCCCAAGCACCGUAGUAGGGAGGAAAUGAUGUUUUAGGAAGAGAGUCUCGCCUAGAAUUUAUAUUAAGUCACAUAUAAAAUCUUCUUGUUACUAUGUUCGAUAUAUGGUGAUUUCCGAUGAUGAAGUAUGCAUUUGGUAUAUGUUAAGCAAAUGUUUGAACUUGUCAUAUGUUUUUGUAAUCUACUAAGUUUACGUAAUUUUAUUUUAUGUCUAAUUAUUUAUUUAAAGUCACAAUAUACAACAAUGCAGUUGGAGGAGUUGCACAUUGGAACGUGUUGAAGGGUUAGGAGGUAAUUUGAUGAUGUCAAUAAAAGAUUUGAGUUUUAUUAAGAUGAAUAUGAAAGAGGGUUUAAGUUGUUUUUGCAUUGGUUUGACAAAGGUGUGUAGGUUUUGAGUAUAAAAAAGAUGUACGCAAAGCAGAUAAAGGACAUCAUAAUUUAUAACACUCCAUUUAUGAAAACAAUGGAAAGGAGUUUUUAUCAAUCGCUAUUGACAUAGAGUGUGAGAUUGUAGAGGGUGAUGACUAAUUUGGGAUUCAGCGGUUGAACCAUAAUUGUGAAAAAAAGGUUAAGAGUGGGAUGGGAACCAUGAAAAAAGAAAGAAUCGUAUCGUAGUGAUAACAUGUAAAUGUUGUAUUGUUUA